CAAAGAGGGAGGACUUUGGCUCCAGGUGAAGGCUCCGCCUUGCCUUUUAACCGUCCAACCAGUUCCUUGUAUGACUUUCAUAUGAGCAGACAGCUUUGGGGUUUGUCUGAUUUACAGUAAACCAGGAGUUGGUAAAACAACCACCAUGUGCCCUCAAGACAACUGCAAGAACAGACAGAAGAACACGAAAGGGGAAGAGCCACUCAACCGUUUGUAGAGCUGAGGAGCAACACAUGACUGGGUUUCCUGCAGGAUUAAACAUUUCCACUGAGAGGACGCUUUCUUUUACUUGCAAAGAACUGAACAAUGGAAAGAUUUCACAAAGGGGAGAAAUAAAAGACUUUGGAAGACAAGAGAGGUAAUCUGCAAAGCGUCUGGGUGUGGAGGCUUUAACUUUUGACUUACAGGAAAAGUUGAGGACUAUUUUUGAACAUUGUUAACUUCCUAAAAGCCUCUAAAGAUGAAUAACAGCAGCAACUGUGACAAUGAUGACUUCAAGUACCCCAUGUACAGCACGGUCUUCAGCCUGGUGUUUGUAUUGGGGCUUAUAUUUAAUGCCAUAGCGGUAUACAUCUUCAUGUGUACACUGAAGAUCCGGAAUGAGACCACCACAUACAUGAUGAACCUGGUUGUCUCUGACAGCCUCUUCGUCCUAAGCCUGCCUUUUCGGAUUGCCUACUUCAUCAAGAGAGAGUGGAUUUUUGGCAGCGUCCUCUGUAAGAUCUCUGUGGCGCUGUUCUACACCAACAUGUACGGGAGCAUCCUCUUCCUCACCUGCAUCAGCAUGGAUCGCUUCUUGGCCAUCGUUCACCCAUUCCGCUCGCAGGGAAUACGCACAAAAAAGACGGCCAAACUGGCCUGCCUUGGGGUGUGGGUAAUGGUUCUCUCUGGCAGCAUACCUACGGGGUUCCUUCUGGACACCAGCUCGCCGAACGAGACCAACGUUUCCUACUGCUUCGAGAAUUACUCCAAAAAGCAGUGGAAGAACGAGCUGUCGAUGGUGGUGAUUUUUAUCGAGACUGUGGGCUUCAUACUUCCACUGAUGAUUAACGUGUUCUGCUCAAUGAUGGUGUUACGGACAUUGAGGAACCCUGCAACCAUCAGCCGAGGGGGGAGCCUCAACAAGCAGAAGGUCCUGAGGAUGAUCAUUGUUCAUCUGCUUAUCUUCUGCCUUUGCUUCAUCCCCUACAACGUUAAUCUCAUCUUUUACACCCUGGUGCGCACAAAGGUCAUCGCAGGGUGCUCAGCAGAGCGGGUGGUGAGAACCAUCUACCCCAUAGCUCUCUGUAUGGCAGUGACCAACUGCUGCUUUGAUCCGGUCGUUUACUACUUCACCUCGGAGACAAUUCAAAGCUCCAUCAGACGGAAGUCGACAGCUUGGUACAACGGGACCAGACUGUUCGACAAACUGUACACGGACAGCUCACAGAGCAGUCCCAGUCUACAAACCAAGAGCCUCACCCUGAGCAGCAUCAGACCCGGAUCAAAACACAAUGAGUCCACCGUGUGACAACAGCGCUACUGUUGUUGGUAGCAACACAACAUAACAUAUUUUCCUGAGACUUGAAGUGAAGCAAACAGAAAUCCAAACAGAAACAUUCCCUUCAUCAGGACAAAACAGACUUUGGACUUAAAUCCCAAUGGGAGCUAUAAAAACAGAAAGGUGUGUUGCAACUGUGUGUAACUAUGUCACACCUUAUCCAAGCUUGGAUUGGGAAACGAACCCAUAAGCUCCAGUUUAACUAACAAUUAUUGAGGAUAAUGCUUCUGUGAUCUUAUUUAUUAGAGCUGAACCAGUAUUAUUGCUCUUUUAAGGGUGCUGUAUUCUGCCGUUUGUUGUUGUGUGUCAUAUUUAGUCACAUUAAGUCCAAUGUGCACUUUAAAACCUAGCAUUUUUUUGAAUACCUUUCACUUACAAGCUGAGAAAAUAAAAGUAUUUUCUUUUUUUAAAAA